CAGGGGAGAUCUCACGGAUGGGGUUGUCACCUACCUGGAGCUCAGCAAGCCGAAAUACCUACAUUGCACACACUCUCUCGCACUUCGAACCCGGCCCGACAACAAAUCUCAACGACACCACGCAAAACAUCCCGCGAUCCUAAAAUGAAGCUCCUCACCACCAUCACGCUCACCACCCUCCUCUCCCUCAACGCCCUCGCGGCCCCCACGCCCGCCAAAUCCACAGUAACCCUCCGCCUCAUAACCUCACUCUCGCAACACUACGCCUACGCCGACGCGCAGCAAAACCCGUCCUUGCCGAGCGGCAGCCUGCUGCACGUGGUGGUUGGGCAGGCGCUCUCGCUCGACAACGCGCCGCUGCAGCUCCAGGCCAUCGAGAUCAUGGGUGUCAGCGAGGGAGACGAUUUAUCGAGCCCGCCGAGGAGGGUGCAGAAGGCCGAUCCGGGAGUGGUGUGCACAGCGCUUACGGGGUUUUCGAGUCGGGGAGUGAGGUUUAGUGUGGAGGAUGGGGCGGUGGGGCUUAGUGAUGUUGGGGGCGUGGUAGCGGUUACAGGGUUGGAGUGUGGGUUGGCUUGAGGGGAUGGGGUUGCAAAGGAUGAGAGGGAAGGGAGCGACGGGCUUAAUGGGAGGAACGACAUCGUUGUUUGCAUUGCAUGGCAUCGGCGUUUAUGUAUUCCGGGCUAUACCAGCUUAACGUUACUUAAUAAUACCCACUGAU